AUGAGCACCACUGCUUCACUGAACACCCAUUGUCUCCCAUCACCACUGCCUGGGCCUGAACAAGAGGAGGAGCAAGAGCAACCUCAGAUAUACAUGUGUGUGUUGUGGUAUGCAGGGCUGCUGGGGAUCACUUAUUAUGACACAGGAGACUGCUCAGUCUACUUCAUGCCCGACAUGCCUGAUAACGAAAACCUCAAGCUGCUGCAGAAAGUGAUUGAUGAAGUCCUUCCCCGAUGCAUAGUGACGAGUGCCAAGCAGGAUCACAACAUUGCCAAAUUCCUGACCAAUAUGGGUGCUGCUACGGGGGACGUGGACAAACCAGAAAUCGUCCUCUUUCCCAAUAUGGACUUUGGCCUGGAAGUGAGCAAACAGCGGAUCUUAUCUCGGCAAUUCCCUUUCAUUCCCUCUCAUAUGACUGCAACAGAGAAAAUCCUCUAUUUGUCCUCCAUCAUUCCCUUUGAGAGCCCACUCAUGGUUCGAGCACUAGGUGGGCUGUUGAAGUUUCUUGACAGGAGGCGGAUCGGAGUUGAACUGGAAGAUAGCACAAUCGGGGUUCCCAUCUUGGCCUUUAAAAAGUUUGUGCUCAUGGAUAUUGUGAAUAUGGACCAAGAUACUUUUUGUGUCCUACAGAUAUUUAAAAGUGAGGUGCAUCCUUCUGUUUACAAGCUGUCCAGUGGGCUGAAAGAAGGACUCAGUUUGUAUGGGAUUUUGAACCGCUGCAGGUGCAAGUGGGGAGAGAAACUGAUGAGGUUGUGGCUCAUGCGGCCCACCCGGAACCUUACAGAGCUGAACAAACGGCUGGAUGUUAUUCAGUUCUUCUUGCUGGCUCAGAACCAUGAAACAGUCCUGACUCUUCAAGACUGCCUUAAGAAUAUAAAAAAUGUACCUCAGAUUUUGAGAAGAAUGAAUCUUUCACAUACAAAGGUCAGUGACUGGCAGGCACUUUACAAGACAGUUUAUAGUGCAGUGUGUCUCAGAGAUACAUGCCGUUCCCUGCCUAGCAGCAUCGAGCUCUUCCAGACCAUCUCACAGGUCUUCACCGAUGAUCUGCACUAUAUUGCCAGUCUCAUCAGCAAAGUGGUAGAUUUUGAAGGCAGCAUCUCAGAAAACCGCUUCACUGUCAGACCCAAUGUGGACUCCACCAUUGAUGAAAAGAAACGAAAGCUGAUGGGUCUCUCAGACUUCCUCACAGAGGUGGCACGGAAGGAAUUGGAGACCCUGGACAAUCGGAUUCCUUCCUGUUGUGUCAUCUAUAUUCCCUUGAUUGGAUUCCUGCUUUCCAUUCCACGGCUGCCCACAAUGGUGGACAAGAGUGACUUUGAGAUUGAAGGCCUGGACUUCAUGUUCUUGUCAGAGGAUAAACUGCAUUAUAGAAGUGCUAGGACAAAGGAACUAGACAGCAUUCUGGGUGACCUGCACUGUGAGAUCAGAGACCAGGAAACACUUAUCAUGCACCAGAUGCAGACAAAGAUCUUGGAGAAGUCGGCAGUGCUUAACAAUGUGAUUGAGUACACAGCACACCUAGAUGUGCUGCUAGCUCUGGCAGUGAUGGCUCGAGAGAAUAGCUACAGCCGUCCGUGCUUUACCCACCGCCAUGGCAUCCACAUCAAGGAUGGCAGGCAUCCACUCAUGGAGCUAUGUGCAAAGACUUUUGUGCCCAAUCCUGUGGACAGCGGUGAGGCUAAUGGGCGAAUAAAGAUCCUUACAGGGCCCAACUCAUCUGGGAAGAGUGUAUACUUAAAAAUGGUGGGCCUUAUAACAUUCAUGGCCCUAAUCGGCAGCUAUGUCCCUGCUGCAGAGGCUGAGAUUGGGGCAGUUGAUGGGAUUUACACCAGGAUUCACAGCAGGGAAUCAGUAUCUGUGGGACUCUCCACUUUCAUGAUUGAUCUCAACCAGGUUGCCAAAGCAGUGAACAACGCCACUGACAGGUCCUUGGUACUUAUUGAUGAGUUUGGCAAAGGGACCAACACAGUGGAUGGCCUCUCCCUUCUGGUCGCUGUGCUGAGGCACUGGCUCAAGCAGGGAACCCAGUGCCCACAGGUCUUUGUCUCCACUAAUUUUCACAGCUUGGUGCAGCUGAAGCUCCUUCCUGACACCCCUCUUGUGCAGUACCUGACAAUGGAGACCCACCAAGAUGGAGAUGAGUUAAUAUUCUUCUAUCAGCUCAAGGAGGGGGUGUCCACUGUUAGCCAUGCUGCCAAUAUUGCUGCGUUGGCUGGGGUGCCACCCAAAGUGAUUGCACGAGGAGUGGAGGUAUCAGAGCUUAUCCGAAAUGGAAAACCUAUUAGACGUAUUGAUCAUCCAUCCAAAGGGAGCCAGCUAGAGAGAUGCAAGUCUCUGGUGGAAAAGUUCCUUUGCCUAGACCUUGAUGACCCCCAUGUGGACUUAGAGAAGUUCAUGAGUCAGGAAGUGCUGCCCUCUGCAGCCUCCAUUCUGUAA